CUUCAUUACCGUCAUGGUAAAGGAACUAAAAGACACAAAAUGAAGACCCUGCUGUUCCUGUGUGUGGGGGUGUCUCUUGUGCACUUGGUGGUCCCGAAGGUUUCCUAUAUGACUAUAAAAGCCCCCCGACAUUUGCCGCCAAAGAAUUCCCUUGACUUUGCAUUCAUAAGUGUUGAAUGUGAUUAUCAGUCCCUUGUCUCCACCUAUAAAGAUCUGGACAAUCCUAUGAGCACGUUUCAGUCCACGGAUGGAGUCUCCAUUUUCCUCUCCAGUGAUCGCAGUCCUGGUAAUGAAGACGCUCAGGUGAUAGCAACAAAUUUUAAAAAUCCCAGUGAAGCCAAAACCCAACUCAACAGUCAUGUGACUCUAAAAACCAGCGGAAAAAUCAAAGAUCUCUUCAGUGGAUUUCAGGAAAGUACAGACGCAGUUGUUGUAAGUUGUGCAGAUAAGUGGAAAGUUCCUGUCAGUGAAGGCAGUCAAUACCCGGUUCAGCUAAAAGGAGAAUACAAUGUAAUGGUCGAUAAGAAUCUGGGAUUCACAAUGCUGGAGAUUCCAAGGAACCAGUAUGUAAGCGCCCUGAUCAUCUUACCAGAUGGAGGAAAGGAAGCAGCAGUGUCAGCAGCCGUCAAUGAUGCCAACCUGGCAAAGUGGAGAAAGUCAUUGACUAAACAGGUGGUGGAUCUGGAGGUCCCCCGGGCUACUCUGUACGUCUGCUCGGCCCUGACCACUGAAAUAGUUCUCUUCGAUGAAUCUGAGUACAAGACAAAUAAGUUCGCAGCUAAAAUCGCAGUCACCUUUCCAUAGAGUGCGGGAAAGAAGAAGAAACCCCGAUCAGCUCCGCAGCCAAUCACAAGCCGGGAAUUAGUUCUGUCUAUAAGUCUUAUCCAUAGGAAGAUUUCUGCUUAAGAAUAAAGAAUUCUCCCCAAAAUAAUAAAGAUGCAAAUAUAA